UUUUUUUGCACAGCUCCACUAGCCUAUACACAACACCGGCGGCUCUCCCCCAACACACUCAUCUGUCAUCCUCCUACUUACUAAACAUGGCAGCAAACAAUACCUACUCUAUUGUAGAAUAUUUCGGUGGGGACGAUGGUUACCGAUGUGGCUACUGCAAAAACGAGAGGGGAAACUUUUCUCACGGUAUGUGGUCUCAUACGAUGACAGUACAAGACUAUCAAGAUCUUAUCGACAGAGGCUGGAGAAGAAGUGGUAAAUAUGUUUACAAGCCUAUAAUGAAGAAGACAUGCUGUCCACAGUAUACCAUCAGGUGUCAUGCUACAAAAUUCCAGCCCUCCAAAUCCCAUAAGAAAAUAUUAAAGAAGAUGAAUAAAUUUAUUUCUAAAGGAGAAUUACUAAAAGGACCUGGUGAUGAACAUGUGGAACCAAUGGAUUCAGUGUGUGAAGAUGCGGGUCCACGAGAACCGAGGUUAGAAAUAACAAAGUCUGCUAUUACAGACAUUCAAAAGAAAGUAUUGGAGUGUCCGGCUAUCACAGAAGUAGAGAGGAAUGAGGUAGAUGUGGCACCCACUGGAUCAGAACUACCCAGAAAAGAUCCAGACUCUGUCGCAGACAGUAGAACAGCCACAGCUCCUAAACCUGGUAAAGGAUCGGAUCCCAACCGACCCCCUUGUCGCAAAGCCAAAGAUUUGAGGAAGGAACGGCGUAAUCAGAAGGAGCAGUUGAAACAUAGCAGUGUUGGGGUCUCCUCCACUUUGAUCACUAGCCCCCCAAGCCAUACCCUGACCAACCAGCCCAAAACCUUGGAAGAUUUCCUUACCGAGAUAUGCCCUGACAGCUCGUCUCAUUGCCUUGAGGUGAGGCUAGUGCGCUCCAAUCCCCCUUGCCCGCAGUUCAAAGCCUCUUUCGACGCCUCCUACCAGGUGUACAAACUCUACCAGAUGGCCAUUCACAAGGACCCUCCUGACAAACCUUCCGAGAGCCAGGUGAGGCUAGUGGCUGUCAGCUUUGAGGACCCACAAUUCACUGCGUCCUAUCAGCAGUCUGCGGCGCUGUACGCUCGCUACCAGAUGGCCAUUCAUGGGGAUGGCCCCAGCGAAUGUAGUGAGAGUGAGUUCCGGCGAUUUCUCUGCGAUUCACCUUUAGAGGCAGAGUAUUCAACUGACGGGCCAGAGAUGGGUUAUGGGUCCUUUCACCAGCAGUACUGGCUAGAUGGCCAGAUGGUGGCAGUGGGAGUGAUCGAUAUCCUGCCCACCUGUGUGUCGUCUGUCUACCUGUACUACCACCCAGACUUUGCCUCCUUGUCUCUGGGCUCCUACUCUGCUCUCAGGGAGAUUGCUUUUACUAGGCAGCUACAGAAACAGUCCCCCAAGCUGUCUCACUACUACCUGGGCUUUUACAUUUACUCCUGUCCCAAGAUGCGGUACAAGGGACAGUACCGACCUUCAGACCUGCUCUGCCCAGAAACCUAUGCCUGGGUGCCCAUUGAGCAAUGCCUUCCGCAUCUGGAGAAUUCCCGCUAUGCUCGUUUCAACCAGAAUCUUGAUGAAGGAGAUGCCCAGGUCCUGAAAGACGUGGGAAGAGUUCUGGUGCUACACAGACGGACCGUCAUGCCCUACACAGUCUAUUCCCGCAAGCGAAAAGGCUCCACUGACGAGACGGAGGUUCAGGAAUACGCUACCUUAGUUGGCCAGAACUGUGCUGAAAGGAUCUUGCUGUACCGAGCCUAAACUUGAAGAAUCACACCACUGCAACCUUUUAAAAAUCCACCUCCCAGCCAAAGUCGGUCACUUUAGCCUCAUUUCCACCAAACAGUGCAUUUUCAUUUAUAUCGUACCAAUUUUUUUCUGUUUUUUAUUUUUAUUUUUUUUAAAUCGGUCUGCUGUUGGUGUACCUCCAGUAGUGGUACUGUGGAGCUAGGUACGCGCAGUUCAGUAACUGUUCUUGAAUGCAACAGUGGGAAUGGAACUUUAAUCUUGGGUUCUAACAGCCAGUAGAUGGAUGUACUCCAUUGUUGCUUCCUGUAUACUGUGUUGUUUUUAUUGCUGAAUUCAUUGGCCGUUUAUAUAUUACGAGUGAUUAGGGCCACAUUGGGGGGGGGGAAAUCUAAGAUUUUCAGAAUAAAGUUUAAAAUUAUGAGAAUAAAAUGGCAAAUUUACGAGAAAAGCAUUGCCUGAGACAGCUAUGAAAAGGGGGGAUUUAAUUGACCCUUGGCCUUGGGCAUGUGGAGGGGGGUGGGUUAAAGAAAGCAGUGAGAAGGGCUCGACAUGCUAAUCUGUUUGUGGUCAACUGCUCUGUUUUGCCGCCACGUUAUAAAUAAAAGCUUGCCUGACGCAAGAGGAAAGUUUCCUCAACUUUAUUCUUCUAAAUGUAAGCCUUUAUUCUCGUAAUAUUAUGACUUUUUUCCUCAUAAAUUUAUGACUUUUUUAAUAGUAAUAGUACGACUUUUCUUGUAACUUUAUGACUUUCUCUUAACGAAAUCUCAGAAUUUUUUUUCCCCAAUUUGGCCCCAAUACUCUGUCGUAUAUAUACCGGUAUGAUGUUACGUUACUUUAUGUAACACAGCUUGCGCCAUCAACGAUAGACGUUUCGACUAUUAGGAGAACUACUAGUUAUGUCAUGAAAUCCAUUAUGCCUCAGUUGCUUCGAAACUUGGCAACUAUACUUUAUAACCUUGUCCAUACGAAUGCCACAUUGAAAGCCUACAAAUCUGAUCAUGAUCAAAUAGAUUUAUCAUGUCCGGUCAUAAUCUUGCCCAAACACACUGCAAGAUCAAGCGUUCAUGUUAUAAAAAUGAAGUGCACCAUACUGCUUGGUGGAAACGUGGUUUUUCUGUCUGUUUCUUCUUUGUGACUGAUCUUUCUGCUGCUUCUCUUUAUAUUCGCACUGUGCUAAUCGCUUCUAUCAAUGCAACUCGCCCUCGCGUGACCCUGUCAAUGUAGCCCUUCUCUCGCAGGCCGCCCUCAUCUGUUCCUGUACGUCCUCAUGUUUACUUUAAUGUGAGACCUCACUGGGAUCAGUCCCUUACAUAUCAUUAUGAUCAUUUGUAUGCUAAAGUAGUGAUAAUGAAAAUAGAGACACAGAAAUUAGAACGUGUUUGGUGAUGCUGGAUUGCCAGAAAGAUUGCGAGAAGGAUUUUUGGAGAUGUGUAAGCGUACUUUUAGUUACCAACAUUGCAUCCUUGAAGGUCUGUCUCAUACUAAACCGCGUUGUUGUUGCAUUUUUAACAGUCAAGCCUUGUGUUUAUGUUCAUAGAUGUAUGUGUUUUUCUUUUAAUAUCAAUGUCAUGUUCAUUGGUUAACCAAAUAAAGGGCUGUAUAUUGCCUGUCGGACAAGGGGACUUUGCUUUGUAUCCAGUAGUCCAAAGGGCAGCACAGGGGCCGUUUGUGGCCUGCGGCUAUUUUUUUAUUUUUUUAUUGGCCCGUGGCACAUUUGAAAAAUAUAAUUUGACAAAAAAAAUGACUAAAAAAUAACAAAGGUCACCAUUUGAUAAAAAAAAAAAACUAGUAAUAUGAGGACAAAUGUCAUUGUCAUUUUUGUAGAUUACAGUUGAAAUAUUAAAGACAAAUUGUAUUGUUUUUGUCUUAAGUUGUAAUAUGAGAAACAAACAAAAUAUGGUUGUAAUUUUUGGGGAAAAUUAGGUUGGGGAAAAAGUUACAAUAUGGCAAUAAAUUCAAAAUAUUAUAAAAAUAAAUAAUAAAAAAAACUAAAGAGCAUUUGAAAAAAAAUACCCAUAUCACAAAGUUAAAAUGCAUUUUUUUUCUUGAACUUCUUAGCAUAUCUACAUGUGUUGCUUUCAUUUUUCAGUACGUGGCCGUCUCUGGAAA